AUGAGAUUCGCGAUUUCAAUUACGGCCAAGAGAUUUGCUCAUCGGGGUCUUCUGGUGAACGAAGGUAAUCCUGUAACUGCUUCUCCUUCAUUCUCCCUUUGCUGCUGGAUUCGAGCUUUCUCUGGUGGGAGCUAUGAUUAUAGAGAGAAGAUUAGAGGUGGAUUUCUGAAUGGUAUUAAGUUAGAUGAUGCUAUUGAUGCAAAUUUGAGAAUCGCAAAUGAUCUGUAUACUUACAAUAUUUUGAUAAACUGUUUCUGCCGCUCCUCUCAACUCCCUCUCGCUUUAGCUUCUUGGGAAGAUGAUGAAACUUGGUAUGAGCCCAGCAUUGUCACGUUUAACUCGCUUCUCAAUGGUUUCUGUCACGGGAAUAGGAUCUCGAGGCUGUCUUCUGCUUGA